AUGAAAUUGAAGCGAGCCUCAAUAAGCGAGGAUUUAUUUGAUUUGGAAGUGUUAAUUCUGAUAUUUUUUACAGUCCAGCGGACGGUUUAUAAAGAUUUCGUCAUCUCUCUGCAGACGGAAAACUGCCUGACAAAUGCUCAACUCCGCAGCAAGGGUGAAGCGAGCUUUGAGGGGGACUGGUUGGUUGAAGGUGGGAAGCUGAGUAAUGGUACAGACUAUCGAGAAGCUCGACAGUAUCGCAGCCCCUCUCACCUCCUGCGAUUCUACUUCCUCACACGAAUUUACUCCAACUAUGUGGAAAGUGUCUUGGCUGAUUUCCAGGGAGGACCUCAACCCGAUGUCAUCAUCGUCAACUCGUGCGUUUGGGACAUCUCCAGGUAUGGGUCCAAUUCAACUGAGAGAUACAGAGAGAAUCUGGACAAAUUCUUCACUAGAUUGAAGCAGGUCCUUCUCCCAGAAUGCCUUGUGAUUUGGAACAUGGCGAUGCCGCUAGGUAAAAAGAUCAAAGGCGGUUUCCUGAUACCAGAGUUACAGUAUCUGGAAACCACUUUGCGCUGUGAUGUGAUUGAAGCCAAUUUCUACAGUGCCCUUCUGGCCGCUGCUCAUGGUUUUGAUGUUGUGGACUUGCAUUUCCAAUUCCGCUCUGAGCUGCAGCACCGAGCUCCAGAUGGAAUUCACUGGAGCCAAGUGGUUCACCGGCAAAUCACCAUCCGGCUGCUCCAGCACAUUGCAGACGCUUGGGGUGUGGCCCUGCCAUCCCCGAAACCACCAGGUAAUAGAGACCUUCAGCUUUCGUCUGGGGGCCAGGCUGAUGCAGUUAAUGGGUGGGAGUGA